AUGGGCACGAUUGUUGUCAAAAGAGCACGACUCGUGGUGGCCGUGGCUGCCGUUCUUGUGCUUGGACUGCUUUUGUUCUCGCAUAGAGGCAACAACCAGAUCACCAACGACCUUAUAACCAGUGUGAAAGCGUAUACAGAGAAUGUGCCUGGGUUUCUGAACCCACGGCCCGAGGAGAUCGAGCAGACUGACGUGAAUGACUUUUUGGGCGACACGCUGGAGAUGGACGAGUUUGAGUCGAAGCCUCAGAACAAGUUUGACGAUAUUGACCACGACACAGCCGUGCAAGCGGAACCUUCCUUUUCUUCAGCCAUGUACCCAGACCCAACGACGUUUCCUGAAAUGCCUGCUAAGGAGUACCCGAAGAUUCCAGCAUUGAAGGAUUCAAAGUUUACGGAGAAAUUGCCGUUUCGUAUUUAUUCACAUAACAUCAAGAAUGGUGGUGUUCAUAAGCUUGAGUUGGGUGAACCCGUGUGGGAAACAAGGAAAACCAUGGUGGUUUCUUCGAUUCGGGCCCACUACGCUCCAAACAUGAUUGUGGCGCUUCAGGAAGCCCAGCGGUUCCAGAUGGACGAUAUUUUGCAUGGACUCAAUUUGAUAGAGGAGCCUGGUAGCCAGUGGAAGGCUUACGGAAAGGGCCGUAUUGACGGGAAAGAAAUGGGCGAGCAUGUUCCAUUUUUGAUCAAGGAGAAUGAGUUUGAGGUGGUUUACGAUGAUACGUUCUGGCUCAACGAGAAGAACGUAAGAAGGCCGUUGGUGGGCUGGGACGCCAAGUACCCAAGAAGUGCAACAUAUGUGACUCUUAAGCAUAAGGAGAGCGGCACAUACUUCAACAUUUUCAAUGCUCAUUUCGACCACAAGGGCGAGGACGCUCGUGUGGAGUCUGUUAAGCUUAUUAUCCAGAAGAUGGCCCAAGUGAACGAAUGGCCUUCAUUCUUAUGUGGUGACUUCAAUGCCAGGCCUAGUGAAGAGUGCUACGGCGAAGCCAACGACGUGUACCAGGACGUUCACGCAAUCACAGCGUCAUAUAAUUGGUACGGCCAUCCUGACUACUCGGUGACUGGAUUCACAGGAAACUACCUCAAGGAUGCCAAACGUAUUGAUUACAUUUUUGCGCCAAAACACAUUGUCAAGGCUCUGGAGCCUCUCUGUUCGGAAUCCGUGGACGGGUAUCUGCUUCAGUUGCGUGGUUACGGUAUGCUACACUCGAAGUUUGGCGGUGUCUAUAUGAGUGACCACAGACCCAUCAUGGCUGACUUUAUGAUGAAGAAAUGUUAG